CGCAAGAUCCAUCGUCAUCAUGUCCUGGGCAGGGUUCAAGAAAAAUGUGAACCGCGCAACGACGCAGGUGAUGAUGAAGACCGGACACGUGGAGCGGACCAAUGAUCGCGACUAUGAGAUUGAGGAAAGGCGGUAUCGGACCAUGGAGGCUGCUGCCAAUCGGCUACAGAAGGAGGCCAAGGGAUAUUUGGAUUCGCUGCGAGCGAUGACCGCCUCCCAGAUGCGCAUCGCCGAGACGAUCGAUGCUUUCUACGGCGAUGCGGGUACACGCGAUGGCGUCAGUCGGAGUUAUAAGCAGGCGGUGGAAGAUCUAGACGCUGAGACGAUCAAAGCCUUGGAUGGACCCUAUCGGUCGACCGUGCUGGAACCGAUUUCGCGAUUCUGCGCCUACUUCCCGGAUAUCAAUGAGUGUAUCAAGAAGCGCAACCACAAGCUCCUGGAUUACGAUUCGAUGCGGGCCAAGGUGAAGAAGUUGGUCGAGAAGCCUGACAAGGACGCCACGAAGCUGCCCCGGACCGAGCGCGAAAUGGAGAUCGCCAAGCAGGCGUAUGAGCAACUAAACGAGCAACUUUUCACGGAGCUACCGCAACUAAUUGAUCUCCGGGUCCCGUAUUUGGACCCUAGCUUCGAAGCCCUGGUCAAGAUCCAACUGCGUUUCUGUGCCGAGGCGUACUCGCGUAUGGCUCAAGUACAGCAGUAUCUGGAUGCGGAGACGCGGGAUCAGUAUGCUCGGGGAGAUUUGGACAAUCGCGUGGAAGAGGUGUUGCAAGAAAUCCGGGACUUAAGCAUAGCGGGCACUGUGUGAGGCUUCGGUUGUCGAUCAUGUUACCCUUCAGAGAAGGGGAAAAGGCGUUUCCAUUACUUGCUAUUCUUUCUCGGAUUUGCGCUGUCGCUGUUACUACCCCAUAUCUUCCUCGAUGGGCUGCCUCUAAUACUUGAUUUGCUCGUGGGUUGAGCAAAGGGUGUCUGGGAGGGAGGAGGGAGGAGUGGGCUCUCUAUCUUCCAGCUUCUUAGCCAGACACGGAGCAUUUGUGUAUGAUCUAAUUAGACUCUGGAUUCGCGUUCCUCUUCUAAGGGAACGAAUUGCAUUUCAUGGGUAUCUGUAAAAUAUAC